AUGGCAUCCCUCGACUGCGUCCCGGACGAAAUCAUCCGCCACAUCCUCCAGUACGUCUCACCUGAGGAUAGCUGCGCGCACGUACAGCUUGUCUCCAGGAGGUUCAAUCGUCUCGCCAAUGAGGCCCUUCUGUGGAGGUACUACUGUCUCUCUUCCUUCCGGUACUGGGACCAUUCGCACAACCUCAGCGGCAAACUCUCGCUGAGGGCGUCGCAGACUGCUUGGAAGAAACUAUGGACGAAGCGCAAGAGGCGGAACUUAGGGAUAUCGCAGCUGCUCGACGAUACCAUCGCGACCAAGGUCGGGCGCCUACAAAAGAUCGGCCAGAUCUGCAGGUUCGGCUACGAUGCGAAAGACUUCCUUGUGGGGCAGAGCCAGAUCGACGACUCUGCCGACGAUGUUCUAGCCCGACGAUACUAUGCGAACACGGCUCUGGCCAGUAUACACAGAAGCAUCGCAGUCCACGAGUGGUCCCAGUACCAGCGCGCACCCCUGGCCGCUCAGGGCCUCGACCGCGCCCUUGCAGCCUUCGACAUGUUCUUUGUCCGCGGGGAGGACGACGACAUCGACGACACAUGCGUCAUACUCGACCGACUAGCCGCCAGCUUCCUCCAGGAGCAGGAUAAACCCAAUGAGCUCUGCGCGCGUGACAAGGCGCUCGCUUUGCUGCAAUGGGUGCGCAAUAGAAACCUGGUCGGCAUGGACGAGCCUGAUGAGAACUACCGCAACCUGCGAAAUUGUCUCAUCGGCCACGCCUUGCGUGAUGAGAAACACCCUUCUCUUCCCAUCAUAUCUGCUGCAAUCUACGCCUCCCUGGCCGAGAGGGUUGGAUUACGCGCGGUGUGCUGCGCGUUCCCAAGCCAUGUGCAUGCAAUGGUUCUGGCACCAGCUGGGCAGGAUCUCAACGGGAAGGCGUCGUCUGUCCCUGUCAAGGAUGUGGAUAGGAUGUUUCUGGACCCAUACGGGUCGAGCGAGGAAGUCCAGUUCGACGACCUGCGGUCGCGACUGGUGGAGCUGGACUGGAUAAACGGCAGGGAAGCCUUCUUGGUUGCCGCACCUGUACCAGUUAUGGUGCAACGGGUCUCUAGGAGUCUGGCGGCUACAUUUGGCACGUUCUGGACCACGAGACAGGAAGAUCUGGCAGCGUUGUAUGGCCGUCCUGCCUCCAAGUUGACAGUGGAAAGUGCCGCGUACGCCGCGCGAUGGGCCAAUCUGCUGAUGACCCCUGUGAGCAACUUCCAGUGGGAUAGCACCCUCGACCAGUUCCUCAACCAGCUCGCGCAGCAGUUCCCCGAAGAUGGCUGGAUGGUCGAGGAGUAUAUACUGCCCCUGUACACAAUCUACACGCAGUCUGUACAGCCACGCAUCAGGUUCACGUGGGAAAACGUCCCUGAAAUGCUAGGGAUCAUCCGCAACAUGGACAAUAGGCAGCCAACAGUCAACCGGCGGUAUACACAGGAAAUUCACCAGAAUGUGUGGUACUCUGUCGGGCAAGUUUUCCGGCAUAAGCGAUAUGGCUACAUCGGAAUCAUCAAUGGCUGGGGCGAACGGGGCACCCAGUCUCUGCCCGCGCCUCACAACAUGUCAUUUGAGGAGGCAAUGGAUGACAUGGGGGACUCUGGGACGGACAGCGAUACGGUCAGGCAACGACUCCGGAAGAAGACAUUCUACACCUGCCUCAAGCACGAUCACGACCGCCACGUCGUCGCGCAGGACAGGAUCGAGAUCGUGCGUGACCCGAGGCUGAUCCCCGACGCCCUGAUGCAGGUCGCGGGGAAGUUCUUCAAGCGCUUCGACCGCAAGACGUGCACUUUCGUGUCGAACAUCAAGGAAUACUUCCCCGAUGACUAA